GCGUGUAUGUGUUCGAUGAAUACAUCAAACAAUGACCGAAACUCGUAGAACAAGCAACCAACAGAACACCAUCCCAAAACCAUAAAAACAACAUUUUUUUUACUUCUCUAUCUCCUUUUUUUCGGUUCAUUUUUUCAAUUCUCGGAAAAUUUGUACAUCAACAGUUUAUUUCAUCAUUGUUUUGUGUGAAUUUUGUGGACUAAAGUGCGAGUGAAGUGGAAAUAGAGAAAAAAAAAGAACGAUGGGAAAAAUAAGCAAAUCGUCGUUUUGAUUAUUACGCCGAUUGAUUACAAUGUCGUGAUGCUGUUUGCAUCUGUUAUUUGGAUUAAAUGCAAUACACGGAACAACAUGGACAAUGUAGCAUCUUGAACAAUAACAAAUAUUUCCCAAAAUUAUUGUGCAUCAUUCUUUCAAAUCAAAUCAAUUUUGUUCGUUUACUUUGAAUUUGUGUAUAUCGGUGUCUAUUGAUUUUGGGUGUGUAUAUAGAUUUGUGCUUGCGCUGAUAUUACCGAUUGAUUUUUAUUACAAAGAAGUAGAAAAGACACACAAGGGAAGCUCAAUGUAAAUGCUGGGCUGUGCAGCGUUUGGUGUGCUAUCCGCUCAUAAUGCCCAACAAUUUUUUACUCAUUUUAUUGUUGGUCUGCGCCAGUUUGUGCUCUAUUUUUGCCGAAAAUAUCGAAAGUAAUCACAGUGAUUGCCCCGAAAAAUGCGUUUGCAGCCGAGUCGGCCAAAGUUUGUUGAAAGUGAAGUGCGGCGGUUCACCACAAAUUAAACUCACCAGCAUCAAAGAAAUCAAUUUUCAUCAUAUCAAAUAUGAUGUGGUGCAAUUGGAUUUGAGUAAGAACCAAAUAUCAACGAUCGAUGCGAUUGAUUUUGCUAAUUUCACGAAUCUAAGACGUUUGGAUUUGGGCGAAAAUUCAUUGCGAAUCGUCGACAACAACACUUUUGGCGAAAUCAAAUCAUUGGAGAAGCUCAAGCUAUCACUAAAUUUAAUCGUACACAUAUUCCAAGGUGCCUUCGAUGGUUUACCGCAACUGAAGCAAUUGAAUAUUUCGGGAAAUCCGUUAGCAUGCGAUUGCAAUUUGCUAUGGCUGAUUCCGUGGUCAUCGAAUAUGUCGGUGAAACUUCAACCGCCACCGAAAUGCGAAACUCCGGCUGCAUUUCGUGGUUUGUUGGUGAAAAAGUUGAAAGUUGGACAGGAUUUGCAUUGCGACACACAAGUGCAACCAUUGCUUGAAUUAAAACCCGACCAAGACCAGCUUGUGUUCGAAGGUGAUCGAUUAACAUUGCGAUGUCGUGCUCCACGCGUGGCUGUCGGUUCUCCAACGGAUUCCGAAGAUCUGCCAGCUCAAUCGCAUGUAUUUUGGGGUUGGUCAGAGCAAAUACUCGAGCCAAACUCCACCGAUGACAUCAUUUACCACGAUCCAUUGAAAAAGUUUCCAUCGAUUCAGAUCGAUGCCCGUCAUUUAUCAGACAGUGGUCUCUUAGAUUCAAUCCUAACGAUACCGUAUGUUACUCGAAAUCAUACCGGCACAUGGGAUUGUCGACUCCGAUCGGAUCAGGCGAGCUUAUCACGCAACAUAGCCGUUUUGAUUAUAUCCGAAAAAACCACAUAUUGUCCAGCUCAAGAGACAUCAAAUAACAAAGGAAAAUACUCGUGGCCCCGAACGAUUCGCGGCAGAGUCGUCAAACUGCCGUGCUUGGAUGAGGACGACGAAGAAACUGGUGCAAUUGCUACGUAUCGAUGCAGUAAUACCGGCGAAUGGACCGACUUAAAUACAAAUCAAUGUCCAUACAUCGACGAAAUGACCAAAGUCUUGGAGCAAUUUGCCAAAUUGAAUUUCUCGUUCGCACGAGGGAGCAUUUUAGAGAGUGCCAUACGCCUACGGAACUACACAAAUAUUGAAUCCGGAGUCAAUCCAUUCACCGAUCCAAUGGACAUCAUUUUCAUUGCAAAAACCAUUGUCAACUACUUGGAAUUUGUAACGUUUGAAAAGGAUUUAGCAACGAUACUUUUGGACAUCGUGUCGCAAACGAUGAAAUUAGGGCCGAUGUUGCUUCAAAAUGCCCAAAACAUGGAUUCAGCGUGUUCGAAAAUGGUUGAUGCUGCCGAAACGGCAGCAGAGUUUGUGCAACCGCCAGCACAAAAAGAGAAUUUAGCGAUGGAAGUGUUUCGCGUGCGAACCGAUAAUUUUGCUGGUAUCACGUGCUCAUGGUUCAAAACGGAGGACUCAUUUGAAAAGCAUGAGAAACGUCUCUUCCAGUGCAAUGCCGCCACGAAUGGUCAAGGUGUUGGAAUCUACGAACGUCAUGUUGAAGCGGCCAUUCAAAUUCCGGCCACGAUUUUCAACUCAGCCGUCGGUUUCAAUCCAGCCACGAUUUCUACGCAGAAAUUACUUGUGUCAGUAUUCGGAGAUAGUGGAUUUUUUCCGCAUAACAAAACAACAACGCCAUUCCAUGUGAAAUCGUGUGUGAUUGGUGCCAAAAUAUCGCAACGAAUUGAGAAUCUAACUGAACCGAUAUAUGUCAUGAUUCGACCGUAUCCAUAUCACAAUGAGAUAAGUGCACCGCGACCCGUUUGGUGGAAUCCAGAUUUGAAUGACGGCAAUGGUGGCUGGACGUUGGACGCUUGUCAAUCGCCGCAGCUUCAGCAUGGAUUGCUUGUGUUUACUUGCGAUCGCCUCGGAUACUAUGGUCUUCUUCAGCACACAAAAUUCCUAAAUGAUUUUGUGGACGAACGAGCAGGUGCUCGCUUUCGUUUGUCACCGCCUGCAUUCUACAUCGGCAGUUCAAUAUUGUUCAUUUGUACUUGGAUUAACAUUGCGACGUAUUUAGCGGCUGGGAAUGCGAUUCAAAUGGCCCGCCGCUCAAGACAUGCUCUCGUCAACACCUGGUUGUCAAUGUCAUUGCUCAGUUUCGUAUUUACCGUUGGCAUUUAUCAAACCGAAAACUAUAAAAUGUGCCAAGUGUUCGGCAUUGCCAUCCACUAUUUCAGUUUAUGUGUUUUACUGUGGAUGUGCGUGAGUGCAAGUGCUAUGUACAAGCGAAUUUCGAAGCUAUCACGAUCGGCCGAGCGAAAUUUAUCGAUUCCAUCCGAUGAAUCGCCCAAGGAGCGUGUAGGCAGUAAACCAAUUCUUGGUUUGUAUCUCGUUGGCUAUGGCAUUGCGAUGAUCAUUUGCGGCAUUAGCGGUGCGGUGAAUAUUCAAGAGUACGCCUCAUAUUCCUUCUGUUUCUUUGAUUCUCGUCCAUCAUUGGGCGCCAUUUAUGUGCCAGGCAUCAUUUUACUGCUAUUUUUAAUAAUCGCAUACUUUUCCAUCAAAUGCAACAUGUCAACCACGGACGAUGUUGGCCAUAUGUCAGAAGGAACCCAAGCAACUGAAAAUGUCGACUUGGACUUGCUCGAACCAAGUCUUUCGCAGCACAAUGCAACCGUCGAUCGAUACCAAAGUAUAAGUUUGAGUAUGCCCACAUCAAGCAUUCAAGAUGACUUGGAACACUCGAACAGUGCUCAGCUAAAGGCUCAUGUUAUUGUGUUGAUUUUGUACUUAAUCACAUGGAUUUCGGCUGCAAUUAGCAUCGCCAAUCCAUUCACUGAUCAAAUUAUAACGUACGAAGAAGAGAUUUUCAGUAUUGCUUUUGCCACUUCAGCCAUAUUUCUCAGUUUAUUUUUGAUAUUCUUCUAUUGUGUGGCGCGCAGUGAUGUUCGGAAUCAAUGGAGCAUGUUCAGUUGCCGUAAUUUCGGCCGUGGACAAUGUUGCCGCACCCGAAGUGUGUCAGACACAAAAGAUUCGACCAACGGUCCAGUGGUUACAUACCAAAAUACUACGGGAACACUUCGAUCGUCAUCCCGUUCAAAUAGUCAAUGCUCGAAAAAUCGACCGCCAAGCAAUGGUAUGCUGGGAAAAGCGUACGAGCUGAAUACACAGACGCUCAAUCGAGCCAAUAGCCCGAAUGGUGCGAGCAAAAUUGGAAAUGGCCAUAAUGUAAACUUAGUUUUAAUGCAUCGCCAGCAGUUCAUGUCUGGUUCGAUGACUGGGCCCGCUUCUGAGGUUGGCAUCGACAUGUUUUACAAUCCAAAUCAAAUAAAUGUCGCCCGAAAGUUCUUUAAAAAACAAAAACGACUACAAAAACGCAAUAAUUUCGAACUGCAACGAAAUCGCGAUGUGGAAAGUAUGAGCGAUGCUUCGUCGAUGGUAUCGUAUCCUCGGCAACAGCCGAUUUCCAUGUUCAGUUCGAACAGUAAGGUGAAUAACACAAAUAUUCAUGUUGAUCCGAAGAAUUUCACUGAUAACUCAUUCAGCAAAGAGAGCAUCGGUGCGAUUAAUGCCGAUAUUUCUGGCAAGUCGACAAAUUUAAAUCCAAACAUUUUGUCAGACAGUUGUAAUGAGAGUGAUUUGGUGGACACCGACCGUAUUAUCAUUGGUGCGGAAAAUCUACGUGCCAUCACACAAAAUCGAGCGAAAAUCAAUAAUACGGCCGUUCAGUCGACAUCACAAAUGGUUGCAAAUAUCUAUACAAAUAUUCCGGAGACGAUACAGCCGCAACAUGAAAUCGUAACGAUGCGAGCCGACGAUAAGUACGGCAAACAAAAACCGAUUUUCGAUGAAGAAGAUGAAAAUAUUGAUGAUAAAACAUCGCUAAUCGCUGCUAAUGAAUUGCAAGAAAAUCUUGAAACCGAGCCAUUGUGCAACGAUUCAAAUCCAACCGAUACAUCGAUCGAUGAUCAAUCGGUGAAAACGUUGCCGACAUGCAUCGAACGGUCGGCCAGUAGCCCAAUCAAAGCAAUGAAUACAAUUGGUUUGCCAACCAUUUCCGUCACCGAUUUGAAUGACAGCUUCGAUCAUACCAAUUCAAGUCGAUGUGAAGAGAGCGAUUUACUGCUACUCGAUCCAAACGAAGAGUAUAUCUCAACUCCACUGGAGAUUUCAUCACAGCCACAAGAUUUUUUGUAUCCGAUUCGAAAAACCAAAUCGCUGUGCAAUGUGGCGCCCGAUGAUGAUUUCCCAGUGAGUUCAAUAGAGAGUCAAACGCGAAGUAUUUCAUGUACAAAUAUGUGCUUGUUUGGUGCGCCGACGAUACAAGGUUUUGCAUCGGUAAUUAAUGAAUCAUACCCAGCCAGCAGUAGUCCGGUGUUGAUAUCGCCGAGCCUUUGUGAUAUUAACGAAAUGGUGCAGCCAAUUCUAUCACCUCAGGUGAAGCCAUCCACAUCAAAUGGCAUUGUGCAUAGUUUUCAAAAUCGUCGCAUCCAUCUCGAGAGCACACCCGCUGGCAGCGAGAACAGUUUGUACUUUGAACGGAAUGGAAUAUCACGUCAUUUCACAUCGAGCCCAACAUGUGAAAGUGAUAUCAACUAUCAAAAUUCCGAGCUAAGCAUACGAAGUCAUGAGUUGUAUGCGCCGCAGCCAGAUAAUGAUCUCAAUUUGACGCUAACGGGAGAUAGUUCACAGUUUUUCGCUUAUCAACCGUCGGAAAUCAGUGAUUUUGAUUUGGACGAUGAUUUCAGCGGGCAUCUACGAUCUCGAGCCGAGGAGCGACUACUCGGUAGUGGUGGCAAUACGGCGGGCAGACGCACCGCAAUCGCUCCCACCGAAUCGGAUAUUGAAAAUGAUGAGAAUGAGGAUAUUUUAAACGAUAGCCAGUCGUCAAUAGACGAACUGUAUCAGCAAAUCACAAGAGGCUCAGUGCGAAAAGCACCCAUUCAUAAAGUAGAGGUCGAAGAAGAGGAGAGCAGUCAAAGCAGUGUUAUUUCAUUCGUUGAACCAUCCACCGAACAACGAUAAAAAAUGCUUUAUAUAGAUUGCUUUGUUUUUUUGUUUUUAUACAGCUUUGCCAAUUCCUUCCGCAGCAUAGAUCAAUUUGUUCGUAACAAGUCUAACACUUCCGCAGUUAUAAUUUGCCAAGAAAUUAUUAUAUACUUCCAUAUGCCAUUUUCAAUUAUCCAAUUUUAUUGAGAACAAUCUAUUUAUACACAGAAAAAAAACAAACACACACGAUCGAUUAGGUUUAAUGUGUCGUAUUUAAGAAACCGUUUUUUUCGAAUCAUAUAUUUAAGUAUUUAUAUUAAAUACUAACGUUUAGGUGUUGAUCGCAUGAAGCAUAAUUGUAGAAACUAUUUACAUGAAACUGAGAGAACAAAAAGUUAGAAAGAUAGAGAAAAUAAUAUUGGAUAUUGCCUAUUAUAUAAAUUCGAUUGCAUACAACGAACACACGUCAAUUUUAUAACACGGAAGCUAUUUUAGUGUUUGAGACAGAAAAGAAAGAAAAAAGAAAUUGCGCUUUGAUUCGCUUUAGAUGUUUAAUAUUUAACACUUUAUUUAUUUAAGUUAGACUUUUCAGUUCGAUAACAAUCGCAUUAAUAAGGACUUUAGACAGAUAAUAAUUUUCAUUUUUUUUUAAGUCGCAGCUAAUAAUUCAGUUUACUCAGUCAGACAGCUACAGAUAUUUUUUUUCUAUUUGAGUAUUUUGAUCGUGAACAUAUGGAACAUCUAUUUCUGAACUGACCUCUCCAAAUGAUAAUAAUUAUUAAAUACAAAAAAAAUGAGAUUCCCCAUCAUUUCGUUUUCAGUUCAGUUAAAUUGAGUUGAAUUUUAAAGACUGUGUAAUCAUUUUCAAUGCAAUAAAAUAAAACGGAUAAGUUGAAAAAAAA